AUGAAGCUACUUCUCGUUGGCCUGCUUGGCCUUGCACUGUCCAGUUCCAGUCUGGUGGCGGCCAGCUCCGGCAUCGGUCACGGACGCCUGGCUCGUCGCGGCGGAUCUCCUCUUUCGACCAAGCACUCGGCCCUCCUCCACAAGCGAGCGUUGCAGCGCCAGCGUCGCGACGGCGACGCGGACCCUCAGCAGCAGCUGGCGGAGAUGCAGAAGCAGCUGCAGGCACAGAUUGACACGCAGUCGAACAGCAUCAACGACCAGCAGAAGCUCAACGAUUACCAGCACUACGUCGAGUCGCUGGUCGGCACCGGCGGUCCUUGGCUUGCUGCUCAGAAUCCGACUUCGCAGGGCGGCAACAAAGUUGGCGGCAGCGGCCUGACGGACAAAGCGACGGCUGCGGGCACGACCUCGACCACUGACGGUGGCGAUGCUGCCUCCAAGGAGGACUGUGAGGAUGCCAAGGAUGCCGGACAGACUGCUCCCGCCGCCCAGAGCGAGCCCGACCUGACCGGAGGCAAGGAGCCCAUCGACAAGAGGAACAGGCCCAAACACCGCCACCAUCGCGAGAAGAAGGUGGCAGAGGCCACCCGGGCCCGCACUGCUCAAGCGGCCGCCCACAAGCACAAGGAUCACCAGGGCAAGCCUGCAGGUGGAUCUUCGCAGGGCAAGGAUGCACAGGGCGGCACCGGCAACGAUGGCAACGGCAAGAACGGCAACGGCAGCAACCAUGAUGGCUCCGGAGAUGAUGGCAGCAACGGGGUGCGCAGCACGACCACUUGGAGCUCGGACAGCGAGUCUGCCUCGUCAUGGUCCAGCUCGUCGCACCACGAGACCGUCUCGUCGUCGUCGUCGAGCACUAGUGGCAAGGGAAAUGGCUCUGGAUCGUCGGGUGGCUCUGGCACGCAGGGAUCUGGAUCGGGUGGCUCCGGUGCUAGCAGUGGCGAUGGCGGAGAUGCCGGUGCUCACUCUGACAACCCCAACAUCCCGAGCGACGUCAGGCCUCUGGUCGGACAGACCAUGACGGGACGCGGCACCUUCUACAGCGCGGGCCUCGGUGCCUGCGGCAAGACCAACAGCGAUCAGGACAUGAUUGUCGCCGUGUCCAAGGACGUCUUCGAGCGCUUCAACCCGAGCGACGGCAACCCGAACCACAACCACCUGUGCGGCCUCAGAAUCAAGAUCACGUACAAGGGCAAGUCGGCCUUUGCCACGAUAGAGGACGAGUGCCCGACGUGCCCGACGACCAGCCUCGACAUGACCAAGACCCUGUUCGAGCACUUUGCCGACCCGGACCAGGGCGUCCUCAACGGGAUGCAGUGGACCAUCCUGGGUUAG